AUGUGUUGUUCACGAAGGAAAUCGCCACGUUGGACGCCAACAGAUGCCGAUCUGGAUACGACCAGCACGCCAGUACACUCGCAGGCCUUGCUAGGUCGCGGCGGACAUUCUCGUUCCCCGUCUCCACGUCCGUCGCAGUCGGACUUUGGCUUGGACCUGUCCGUGGCGCGGAGCAGCAACGUGUAUGGUGGCAACUCUGGUGCUCUGCGAUCGCCGAUGCACUCGGAUUCCCUGCUUUCCGUUCGCCAACACAGUUCUCCCCGUCACUCCGUGGGCUUGGCAACGCCGAUGGCCGCCGAAGUUGCGCCAGAAGCUUCGCCGAGAUUGUCUUCCAGCAUGUCGCCACGACAUUCGCGAGCCACUAUGGAUGUGGACACGUCCUUGCGCUCUGACUUGGCGGCAUCCCCAAGGCAUUCCAGUUCUUUGUCGCCAAGACAUAGUCUUCAAUUUCGGUCGUCUCCGACAACGCCUGUGACCCCCGAACGGGUGGUUCCAGAUUCCGCCCCUUCAUCUUCUAUGCAGUCCACCAGACCGACUUACCCAUCUCCAGGGAACAGCUCCCCGAUGCAUUCGCAGGUGCUGCUGGAACUGCCCACGCGUCACAGCUCGUCGCCUCGGCGCUCUCCGGUGGCCAUGGAUGUAGAGCUUGGCUCGCCUGCAGCGCCGAAUGUCGUGCGCCACAAGAGCCUGAAAAUACCGGAUCUGCCUCAACGAGGCGAGGAUUCUCCGGGGCACCGCCUAAGCGUCUGCAUGAGCGAGGAAUUCCGGCCUCUCUCACAAGCGACGUUUGGUGCCGACGCCAACGAAAGGACUCCCGUUGGCGAUGGCCUUGACCAGUUCCGGCCGCUGUCACCCCAAGCCAGCCCGACACGGUACGACGAGCUGGAGAAGUUCAGGCCUCUUUCGCCGAUGUCCAAGGCAGGUCAGCCGGUGCAGCCAGUGGAUGAGCUGGACAAGUAUCGGCCUUUAUCGCCCGCAUCUUCAAUCAGAUCGACCGUGUAUCCUGCGGAGAGGACGAUGCUGCCCGACUCGGAGAGUGAGGUGCAACGGCUGCGACUGGGACUGGACGAAGAGCCCAGGAAAGGAUCUCCGUCAACGAAGGACCAAGACGAAGCGGAGCGGCGCAAGUCGAAGGAGUCGACUCGCUCAGCCUUAGACGAUGAGAUCGAGAGGCAAGAAGCCAUCACCAAGCGGCUGACGAUGCAGUUGCGGUCUCCAAAGCGGCUCUCCCCAGCCGUGCAGCAGCGUGCUCUCGCAGCUCUGCCUGCCACCCCCGUGGCAAGUCGUCGUUCGGUCUCGGAGCCAAGGCUGCAGCAAAGCCCUGGCACAGCCCCGCCUGGUGCCAUGCAUUCGGGCUGGGUGCCGACAGGUGCAGACUCCCUAGAGCACCGUGCCAACGCGUGCAUGGUCGAGGAGUUCCGGUCCCCUCCACAGGUCUCGACCGCAAAGUUUGCUGCCGAGGGGCCGAACAACAGGCCUGUUUUGCCGGUGCAGCAGGGGAAUCAGGUGGUGGAGGCAGAAAGCGAGGAAAUGCAACGGCUCCGUGCUGAAUUGGCAACCGCCAAGGCUUCCGCCGGCCAGGAGGCUGCAAAGCUGCGAGCGGAGCUCACAACUGCUCGCGAUGCCGAGGCGCUUGCUGCUAGCGAAUGCGCCAAGUUGCAGCGAGAGCUUACUUCGCGAGAUGCAGAGGAGUUGGACAGGUAUCGGCCUUUGUCAACCGGGUCAUCGAUCCGAUCCACUGCGCACCUUGCUGAAAGGACUCUCCUGCCUGACUCGGAAAGUCUUCACCCUCCCGGGGCUUGUGCUGCCAAGUCUGGCGUGCCAUGGAGGAGAGCUCGAGGAAUUGCAGCAGCGCAGGACAUUUGUGAUGAGGAGCGCCACAAGUCCAAGGAGUCGACUCGCUCGGCAGACCAGGAGACAGAGAGGGAAUUUGUGGCCAACCGCGUUGCAUCCAGGCCGAUGAUGCAGGUAGCUCCGGAGCCAGCUUUCCUCGCGCAGCUGCCCGGUCGUGUUUCGCCUGUGCAGGCCGCGCAGGUGCCGGCCACGGCCACGCCCCAGGCGAGUCUCCGAUCAGCCUCGGAGCCGAGGCUGCAGCGGAGCACUGGUACCAUGACGUCAG